AAAUAUCUACUAUGUACCGGUAUACGAGUAAAAAUCGUAUUAUAAUUGCUACGAAUUUGCUCCCUGAAAGUAUGUAGGGCAAUAGCGGAAAUGAAUGUUCUCGAGCUCCUCGGUGUGGAUUAAUAGUAGGAAAUGACAAUGGAUAUGCAAAUAUAUCGUUUUAAAAAGCAAAGGUAAUACAUAAAAUACGUGUCAUUUACUGUCAUUUACAAUGAAGAUGACGUUUAAAAUGGGAACUGCUGCUGUCCUGAUGAGUUUUACACUCGAUGAGGAAACAUUCAAUUCCAAAGUCAUGUGGUAAAUCAUCUGUAUCACUUUGCCUUUCUGACUGUGGACAGCACUUUUGUCGUAGAGGAUAUCAAUCUAUUGAAACUGCUGUUAAACCAUUCACCUACGAGUUAUAGAACAAGAUUUAUAAUCGUAUGACGCCAAAGAGAGACAGAGAUCAUAAUGGGUACUGCAACAGUUGUGAUGAGUUUUACACUCGAUCAGGAGACAUUCAACUCCAAAGAGGCCCAUGAACUGUACCAAUCGCUACCAAACGUUUGUUUCGAAGGCAGUUCCAAACAUCAAACAAUAUCCGACUGUGGCGAGAGGGGAGACAAAUUGAUAACGGCCACUUCUGAUGAUGGGAGUCACGUGGUUAUUCAUCUGUAUCACUUUGCCUAUCUGACUAUGGACAUCACUUUUGUCGUGGACAAUGUUGAUCAAUUGAAACCGCUGUCUGAACCCUUCUCUUUCGAGUAUAUUUCAGCAUUAGAACAGAAAGCUGCAAACCAUCUUGAGAAAUUAGUUAAAGUUAGUAACAGUUUAAAAUGCCCAAUUAGAAGAGGACCUAGUGUAUUGUGGGCAUAUGGUCACACUGGUGACGAACGGUUGUUUGAGGCCGACUAUGAAGAUAUUGUGUUUGAAACGGACAGUAAAUGGCAGAAUAUAAAGAUUGCAAAAUCUAGAGAAUUCGGAAAUGUUCUACUUCUUGAUGAUGAUAUCAUGCUCGGAGAAAGCGAUUUGGUUUACACCGAAACUCUUCUCGGGUUAGAAAGAAAUGCAUUUAAAGAUAAAACCAUUCUGAUAUUGGGUGGUGGAGACGGGGGGAUUCUUCACGAGCUUCUCAAAAUGUCACCAGCUUAUGUUCUUAUGGCGGAAAUAGAUGAAGAAGUUAUAAAAGCUUGCAGUAAACAUAUGAAAAAAGUUUGCGGAGAUACCCUUCAGAAAUGGGAAGGCGCAAACUAUAAGAUCAAGAUUUGUGAUUGUGUACUUGAGCUUAAAGAAGCACUGACGUCAGGAACCAAGUAUGAUUACGUCAUAAAUGAUCUUACAGAAUUAUCAGUGGACAAGGAUAAAUACGGCUUUGAAUAUCAGUUUGAAACUAGUUAUACAAUUUUGGAAUUUUCUAUGAAAAUUUUGAGAACUGGCGGGAAAUACUUAGCAAGGGGAAAUAGUCUAAGUGCUACUGAUUAUAGGGAUCAAUUUGAGGAGGAUGUUAAAUCCCUUGGCUAUGACUUUACAAGGACUGAUGUCCACGUUCCUUCCUUCCUGGAGACAUAUUGUUUGUAUGAAGUUGUAAAGCAGGAUGCCAUGGAUGCUAAAACAGAAAUGAAAGAAUAGUUUAAGACAGUAUUAGGAAAUUCACAUUAUAUUAUUCUUUGACUUUUAUUGCACUGUUCAGUUAUUUAAAUUUAAAAAGUUAUGAGUUUGUUUUCUUUUUAAUUUUUUUUUUUUGGUCGUUCAUUUCUUUUUUUCAGUUUGUCUCAAAUGACUAUAUAUUUCUCUAUUAUUGUCUUUGAUAUCAGAUCAAAGACAAAAUAUGUUCUAUACUCUAUAUCUCUCCUAAACUGAUAGCUCAAAUGAUCUUUUCUGAUCACUUUUUGUCCGACGUCCGUCUGUCCGUCCGUCUGUCUGUCUGUUAACUUUUCACAUUUUCGACCUCCUCUCCAGAUUCACUGGGCCAAUUUUAACCAAACUUGGCAGAAAGCAUCUUUGAGAGAAGGGAAUUCAAGUUUGUUAAAAUGACAGACUUUUUAAAAAAUGUGUUGGUAUUUUUCUUAAAUAUUCUUGUCAAAAACCAUUUGACCAGAAAGGCUGGAUACAUCUUCAGGGAAGGCAGAUUUUAUUUUGUUCAAGUCAUGGUCCCCAUAGGUAGGUUCGGGCCAAGAUGGGGGAAUCCAGUUUUUACUUAGGAUUGUAUAGAGUAAAUCUUCAAACAAUCUUCUCAGAAACAGAUUAGCUAGAAAAGAUAAAACUUCUGAGAUAGCAUCCUCAGGUAGGAUAGAUUUAAUUUUGUUUAAUUCAUGAUCCCCGGGGUUGGGUUUGGCCACAAUUGGGGUGGAGGUAUAAUUUAUACAUAGGAAUAAAUAUAGUAAAACUUUAAAAAUCUUUUUCUAAUAAACCAUUUUAACAGAAAAGCUGAAACUUGUGUGAAAGAAAUUAUAAACAGUGUAGAUUUAAUUUUGUUCAAAUCAUUAUCUCCGGAUAAGGGUUGGGAAUAAAUGGGGGAUCCAACUCUUACAUAAGAAUAUAAACUAGAAAAAAUUCUUUAAAAUCUUCUCCAUAACUAUUCGACCAGAAAAGUGAAAACUUAUAGGGAAGCAUCUUUAGGUAGGGGAGAUUCAAGUUAGUUCAAAUCAUUAUCCACAGGGGAGGGUUUGGGCCACAACUGGGGUCCAAUUAUGAAAUUGGAAUAGAUAGAAAAAAUAUUUUUUUUAAAUCUUCUUCUCAGAAACCAAUUGGCCAGAAAAGCUUAAACUUUUUUAAGCAUCAUCCUCAGGUAAAUUAAAUGUAAAUUUUAUCAUGAUCCCAAGGGGCAGGGUGGGGCCACAAUGGGGUCGAAUUUUUACGUACAAAUGUAAAAAAAAAACAAACUUUAAAAAUCUUCUUUUCAAAAACCCAGUUGGCCAGGAAAGCUGAAACCUGUGUGGUAGGGUAGAAUGUAGUUUGUUAAAAUCAUGAUCCUAAGGGGUAGGGUUUAAUUUGGGGGGGGGGGGGGUUGAAUUAUUACACAGGAAUAUAUAGAGAAAAAUCUUUAAAAAUCUUCUUCUAAAAAAUCAUUUGCCUAAAAAACCUGUUACAUUAGUGAAAUCAAUCUUCAACUUCGUCAAAAUUGUCAUCUACAGGAGUAGGGAGGGGCCACAUCGGGGGAUCCAAUUUAACAAAGUAAAACAUUUUGAAAUAUCCACAAAAACAUAAAUGUUGUAAUACUACAGAAGUAUAUGGUUUCACUUAUAUGCAAGCAUUUUGACAUAAUGUUGAUUAUUUGAAAUUGUUUAGACUUUGGCCCCUUAACAAUUAAUGGGCCUUUCAAGGGGUUUAAAGUUUGAUGUAGGUUUAUAUUCCAUAUAUAAAUAGUUGUUUAAGAUAUUUUUAAGAAUUGCAGUGCUAAUAUGCAGUAUGACUAUACAAUCAUCCCGUUACAAAAGGGGCUAAAUGGUUAACAUAAGAAUAUCCAGGCAAAACUGAUUUUUUUUUCAUAUAAAAUAUAUAAUAGGGUUGUUAGAAAAGUUCGCGGACAAAGUGAUUAAUGGCAAAAUUACUGUGUAUUUUGUAGGAUGACGUAUGUUUUAUUCAAUGACUACCAAUUACAAAUAAGUAUGCAAAAAAUGAUAUGAUUUUGAGGUUGUUUUCAAAAGAUACAGCGAUUUUCAUUUCGCAUGAAUAGGAUUUACGGAGCACCAUUUCAUAUUUCCCACGACGUCAGAUGACGUCGAACUACUGAAAGGCAAUUUAAACCUGUCACUCCUUUUCAAAGUAAACACGUUUUAGUUCACACACUUUUCAUGCCAUUAACCCAUUUAUAAAACGCAUGUUCACGCCAUUAUUUGUCAAAUUAUUGUAUAAUGUCUUUUUUGUCAUAUCGUAGAUCAUUUAGGUCCGAAAAUCUCUUGUCCACGCAGUUUCGACUUCAGAUAAGAAAAUAAAGCGAAAUCCAUAUAUGUAUUUUCAAGAUCCGGGCUGUAUGGGGGGUCGGGGUGCUGUAAGAGUUUGAGAUAUUAGUAUUUCCAUUUUCAAACCUUCAAUUCCAAUUGUGGUUUCAAUUGUAAACCUUUGUCCUAUAAAAAUAGCAGCAUCUAAAAACUUCUUGGUCUCCACUGGAUAUUUUUCUGCGGGCACACAAAAUUUUAUGACUGCUCGGUGCUCCAAGGUGGCCAUUUACGUAAACGUUUUUGACUCAUUUUUCUAGCGUUGGCCGUCCAUAUUUGGCGAUAAAAUGGUCAGAAAUUUUUAAAUUUAAUUUCAACUUUCACAAAAUGACCUUCAUAACUUAUUUUGAUCUCAUAUGAAAUAUCGUUAAUUUUUAUGCGCUUAAACUGUACAUUUAUUUUCUUAAUAAGGAAAAAUGCGUACAAAAUAUAAAACAUUAAAAAAUUGACAUGCUCCGUAAAGCAUAUCUUGUCAAAAUAAUUAAUCUGUAUACUUUUUUAGGUGUAUUUGAAAUAAACAAAUCUUUAUAUUUUUAAUAGAAAAUACGUCAAGAUUAAAUAUGAAAUGUUUCAUUGGUAUGAUGCGAAUAGUCCGCUCGCAAUCGAACUUGUCCGCGAACUUUUCUAACAACCCUCGUAUUAUACUACAUUGUCCAGAUAUUUUGAAAUAGCUCCAUAAGGUUGAUUUUAUUAUAUUUGUUUUUUAUCUUGCCCAGGUGAGCGAUGUGGUCCAUGGGCUUCUUGUUUACGGGCCGCCAGAAGGCGGUCCGUUAUUUGAUAUACAUUUAAAUAUUGUAACUGCGUUUCUGCGGGAUAGCUUUUUGUUUACAGAAUUGAUGCUAUGCUUAUCUUUAUGAAUUAAAAGUAAAUUUGUAUGUAGAAAUCUGUUUUAUGCUUUUAAAAAAUAUUUCAUAUUUUUUGUUGUGUUCGUAAAUGUAUGUUAGGUCAUAGACUGUCGUGUUAGGUGCGUUUUAAUCGAGACUAUGAUCUAUUCGGGAAAUUUCGGAGUUUUUUCAUUCCUUUUCAAAACAAUGUAUCGGGAUCAGUAUAUGGGACAUACUAAAGACAUGAAAUACUAAAGACAUGAAUGACAUGAAUUUUAUAUAAAUGAUAUAACUUCAUACUAUGGCAAUGAUCAUACAAUUACCGUUAGAAAUGCUUACAGUAACGAGCUCGAUUCUUAAUAACAGUAGUAAAAUGUUAAACUUCAAAACGAGUUGCUGAGAAUAUAUGAAAAUUUACCAUAAAAAUUACUACAACCAACUCGUUAUUUUCUUCAUUGUGGAGUAUUUUUGAUGUUAACAACCAAUGAUGAUUCAUACAACAAUUAUAUUUUUGCGACCUAUUUGACGAUAUGAUUUCUUGUUUUUAAUCUGAUAUGUUGUAUGAUUCGUCAUGUGUUUCCGAAAUAGUAUUAAACUCAUAAAAUAAAUCAUAAUGUUGUAUUUAAAGAAAUAUUAAACGAAGAUGGUGAUGAUCAAUAUAUAUAAAUGAUAAUGAUGAUGAUAGUGGAAAGUUUAAGCUAAGAAUAAGCAUGCUUAAUUGCUGUUCACACCUGCUGAAUUUACACUCAAUAUUUGCUUUUUAUCACUUAUAUUAUGAUAAGCUAAACAAGCGAUAAAACACGAAUUGGUUUGCUUUAAAAUAAAAUUGCAUGAAUUAAAGAAAAUUGUGAG